AUGGUCAGUUACAGAAGACAACACAAUGAGGAUGAUGACGAUGAGGAGGGGGAGGAAAUGAUUGCUGGUUCAGGAAAAGGUAGUCUUGUCACAUCGGCAACAACAACAACAAUCACAACAAAUGGUGCUAAAAGAAAGUCAACAGCAAUUGCAACAUCAUCGUCGUCAUCGGAACGCUUGUCUGUGCUUCCCUCCAUCUCCUUGUUGUCAUCAUCUUCGUCCUCAUCAUCUUCAGCAGCAGCAGCAGCGACAUCAUCAUUGUCACCUUCAAUAUUGCAGCCAGCAUCACUGAUGACAUCCAUCAUGUCAACAACACCGGAUGUUGAAUUUAAAUUUAAUUUACCAUUAUAUUUUCCGCUCGACACAAACACCGACAUCAGCAGCAGCAAUACCAAUGCUAAUAAUUUCCAUCAUAUUAAUAAUGGCGACCAUCAUGAUGAUGACGAAGGGGGUGAUGAUGACGACGAUGGCUCUGAUGAUUCAGAUGCUGAUGGCUUUAAUAAUGACGUCAAUGUUGAUGAUGUUGGCAUUGGCGGUGAUGGUGGUCAAGACCACCACAUUGGUGUUGAUGGUGGUGAUAGUGUUUAUAAUGAUUUUAAAUUUAAUAACAAUUACAAUGAUUAUACAACCAUAGACUCAG